AUGAUUGACUUCUCGAAUGAACUCAGACCCAAGAUCAUGGUAACAGAGGAGGAGAUGAAUACCAUGGAUUCAAGAUUGAAGGGAGGUCUCGUCCUUAAGGUCUUGGGGAAGAGAGUCCCAUACACAAUUCUGAAACACAGGCUGGAUCAAUUAUGGAGUCCCAAUAUAACCUACACACCAACAGAUCUUCCUAUAAUGAUCAUUUUUCUCGUCAAAUUUGCGACUACGGAGGACAGAGAGUGGGUUCUUUUAGGGGGGCCUUGGAUGGUUCAGGGUCAUUAUCUUACUGUUAGAGAAUGGACGUCGGAUUUUGAUCCGUGGUCAACUCAGGUUGAACGUACCGUGGUUUGGGUUCGUAUUCCUUCCCUACCCUUGCAAUUGCACUGUGGCAUUAUGUUGAGGCGUAUUGGUGCUGCGUUGGGGCGUCCAAUUAGGAUAGACAAGAAUACUGGAACGGUCUCUCGGGGGAUUUUUACUCGUCUAUGUAGUGAGGUUGACCUUACUAAGCCUCUGCGGCCGGAGAUCGAGUUUGAUGGGAAGUUAUAUCAGGUGGAAUUUGAGGGUCUUCACCUCAUCUAUUUUGGGUGUGGCCGAUACGGCCACCGGAAAGAGGGUUGCAGAACGGUAAUGGAACACAAAGCUGAUGCGGGUGGUCUCGGAGGUGAGAUCCAGGUGGUUCCCUCGGAGAAUGACGGAGUUGCUGCACCGGAAGUCAACCAACAGGUGGUCGAAGAAUCGCCGACCGUCAAGGAAGGGGGUCUUUUUGACCCGUGGAUGAUGGUCCGUAAUUGCGUAAAUCUCGAGUUAUGA